AACUAUGAUACAGAGGUGAUAUCCAUGGAAAUGAUUUCUUCAAAAUAUCUUUUGACACAUAGAUAUCAAUGUCUGAAUUUUUAAGAAAACAUGGUUGUUCAGUAGUGGUUAGUGGUUAAAGCGUUGGCCUGUAACGCGAUAGACCCGUGUUCGAUUCUCCACAUGGGUACAAUGUGUGAAGCCCAUGUCUGGGCUUAUUGCUUAAAAAUGGCGUAAAACUAAACUCACUCUCUGCAGGACCUAGAAUGGCCGCUGGCGGACCACGUCCCACCCUGAGGGCUGCAGUGGUGCAGUACGUGUGUCCUUCACGGCUACUUGGAACUGGAUAUUUCGGGAAUGUGUACAAAGCAGAAGGUCCCGACAAAUCACAAUAUGCAGUGAAGGUGUCGCCACUGUCUAACUUCUCGGAUAAAAACGAUCAGUGCACUCUGACAGAAGCGGUCACUCUGUCACAGUUUGCACACAUGCACGUCGUCAAAUACCUUGACUGCUGGGAGGAGAGAGACCGACAGGGGGCGCGGCAACUGUACCUGGUCAUGGAGUACUGUCAAGGUCGUGACCUUCGGCACUAUCUGGAAAAGACACUCCAACAUCCGCCGGAAGAGGAACUGUUCGGAUGUUGGCUAGCUCAGAUAGCUUCCGGUUUAGAGCAUAUCCACAGCCACAACGUCAUACACAGGAACCUGAAGACGUCCAACGUCCUCGUGUGGUGCUACAGGGAAACAGUGGUUUUGAAGAUCGGAGGCUUUGGAUUGUCAAAGGGUCUGAAACAUUUCAACGAUGUGGCGAGGUCAGUAGUUGGAACAGCCAACUUCAUGAGUCCAGAGCUGCUUCAAGGGAAGAAAUAUGACAGAAAGACAGACAUCUGGAGUUUUGGAUGUACGGCUUUUGAAAUAGCAACAUUGAGGUCACCAAAGCCAAAUCCAGUCUCCUAUAUCGCGACUUAUGUCAAAUACAGCUCUUUCUUCAAGGAUUUAAUAAGGAAGAUGUUGAUGAGUGAUGCUGACUGCCGUCCAGAUGCAGAUGUGAUCCUGAAGGUUCUUGCAGAGAGUGGUUACACACCACAUGAUGGAAUAAGCUCUACCUCGUCAGUGUCGACAGCAUCCUCAGAGCCAUCAUCUAGUCUUUACCCAAACUGUCAUAUGACCCCUGUUUUUGAGAGCAGAGGAAGGAACAGCAUCAACUCAUGUGAAGGUACUUCUUCUGCUAAAUCGUCUAGCCAAGGUAUUGAUGUUGCUUUGAAUACGUUUACACUUGUUAGACGAGCGGAGCGUGACAGGAAGAUCAACAACAGGAACAGCAGAGGCACCAACUCCUGUGAAGGCACUACUUCUGCUAAUCCAUCUAGUCAAGGUAUUGACAUUGCUUUGAAUACGUUGACACUUGCUAGACGAGCAGAGCGUGACCAACAGAUCAGUAACAGGAACAGCAUCAACUCCCGUGAAGGCACUACUUCUGCUAAACCAUCUAACCAAGGUAUUGAUGUUGCUUUGAAUACGCUUACACUUGUUAGACGAGCGGAGCGUGACCAGCAGAUCAACGGCAGGAACUGGAAAGGCACCAAUUCCUGUGAAGGCACUACGUCUGCUAAACCAUCUAGUCAAGGUAUUGAUGUUGCUUUGAAAACGGAUACGCUUUUUAGACGUGAUGGGCGUGAGCAGCAGAUGAAAAAGACUGUGACCUUCGCUCCUUCAUCCUCACAAUUGUAUUCUUCAUCAGGCAGUGGUUAUGAAACGGAUAUCAGUUCUUUCGGGAUGUCUGGUAGUUUCAUCGCAUCACCACGAAGUUUCUUCAACGCUCCGGAACAACACAGGCAUUCCAACACAGAGAUGAGCAGAGGCACCAACAAGAACUCGGAUAUUGAGACUCCUGAAACCAACAACCGUACUCUAUACGAGAGGGAAGGAUGCAACAGCAACAGAUAUCCAGACACCGGGAGAUGCGAAGAUAUCACCAGUAACACUGACUCUGGGGACAGCUUGACCAAAACUACAAGCUCUGGCAGUGGCUACGAGACUGACUACGACACGGACCGUGACAUGUGGAUAAAUGACCAAAUUGCAACAUUACAACCGGACAUCGCCCGGACAAUCGGACGGGAGGUGUUUGUUGCUCUGUACCCUACCUUAAACAUCAAAGAUGAAGGGUUGUUUACUCUUCACCUGAUGGACCAGUUGGAGGACUACGACGAGGAGGUGUGUGACAAGAUGAAGCGUCUGUGGCGAUUGGAAAAGGAGAAACGAGAACGCGAUGAUGAAAGAUGAUCUUCAGAAGUAUACCAAGUGGCAUUACCAUGAAACAUGCCGUAUUAUAUAUGAAAUAAGGCUGCAUUUGAUGGUGUAUAUCAGGAUGCAGGGACUUUAUAUAUUUGUCGCGAGAAAAUGAACUGAUUAGUAACGAACUUUGCAACUUGCAUUAAACCAACCCUCCGGCAAUCUGAUAACUGCGGUCAAACCGUCAAAGGGUCAAAUGGCUAAAGGAACAUGAAAGACGAUGUGUGCAAGAACAAACUUCAAUGAUUUGAUUGUCCAAAGACAAACUCUCGUGGUUCCAGUACCCCUUAGACAAGGACACUUCAUCCAAACAAUUGGCAAAGGACAAAGGGCAUUGCCGGUUUUGCAGUAUUUGAAUGUCCGAGGUCAGGCUUGGUGGAACAAACGAUGCAUUGCAACUGUCUAUAGCCUCUUUGGGUCAAAAUGAUACCGAUGAAUCACAAUCUAAGGUGUGGCACCAAAGAAAACCCUAAGCUUAUUUGCAGUUGUUGCCUUGGAAAAGCAAAACUAAAUAAAAUUAAACUUACAGAGCACCACAAUGCACCUUCCCUAAGUGUACGUUCCCUGAAAUGCAUGGCCUAUUAUAUACUUUAUAGGUU